AUCACGCUGACCGGGGCGGCAAGAGGGAAUACAGCCGCCCCACGCCAGCGAUUUUUAACGCAGCGCCGGAGGGGGGAGCGCGGCGGGGGAGGAUCUUGGAGUCUGAAUGUGGAAAAGGAAGCAUUCUUUUUCUCCUUUAACUUAGUGACCUGAGGACUGCUGUUGCUGGCCCUAUUUUAGGGCUAAUUUAGAAAGGAGCUGGUAGAAAUGCUGCUAUGGCUGGAACAUAUACCUUGUAUUACCAUCCUAGUGAGCAGUAAAAUACUGCAGUGUUCUGUUUUCUUUACUGAGUAAGAGAUUAACCAAGAGCAGUCUUGUGGGAAAGGGUAACAGAAGAUGCUUCUGCAACAAUGGGUCAUUUGGAGUUAAGGCUAUGAAUGAAAUCCAUCAAGUACCACACUGUUGCCUUCUUUUGUAAGAGACUUCCUGUAGCCUUUGGAAGAGCAGGUCAGGAGAAGAGCACUGCUUGUCACCAUGAAGUUGAAACAACGGGUGGUGCUUCUGGCAAUCCUCCUCGUCAUCUUUAUUUUCACCAAGGUUUUUCUCAUAGACAACUUGGACACCUCAGCAGCUAAUCGUGAGGACCAGCGCACCUUUCACCGUAUGAUGGCGAGCCUGCGAGUGGAGCUAGACCCACGACUUGACCACACGCUGCAGUCUCCUUGGGAGAUUGCAGCCCAGUGGGUGGUACCACGUGAAGUAUAUCCAGAGGAGACACCUGAACUGGGGGCAGUGAUGCAUGCCAUGGCUACAAAAAAAAUCAUCAAAGCAGAUGUGGGCUACAAAGGCACCCAGCUGAAAGCAUUGCUUAUACUGGAAGGUGGACAGAAGGUAGUCUUCAAACCGAAGAGAUAUGCCAGAGACUAUGUGGUAGAAGGGGAGCCAUACGCUGGGUAUGACAGACACAAUGCAGAGGUGGCAGCCUUCCACCUGGACAGAAUCUUAGGUUUCCGACGAGCCCCACUGGUCGUUGGCCGAUUUGUCAAUCUCCGCACAGAGAUCAAGCCUGUUGCCACAGAGCAGCUGCUUAGUACCUUCCUGACACUGGGUAAUAAUACUUGUUUCUAUGGAAAAUGCUACUAUUGCCGGGAAACAGAGCCAGCCUGUGCUGAUGGGGACAUCAUGGAAGGAUCAGUCACGCUGUGGCUGCCAGAUGUUUGGCCUCUUCAGAAGCAUCGGCACCCAUGGGGUAGGACAUACAGGGAAGGCAAACUGGCCAGGUGGGAAUACGACGAGAGCUACUGUGAUGCUGUAAAAAAGACCUCACCCUAUGACUCGGGCCCACGGCUUCUUGACAUCAUAGACACAGCAAUCUUUGAUUACUUGAUUGGAAAUGCUGACCGACAUCAUUAUGAAAGUUUUCAGGAUGAUGAAGGGGCUAGCAUGCUUAUUCUUCUAGACAAUGCCAAAAGCUUUGGGAACCCUUCUCUGGAUGAGAGAAGCAUCCUUGCACCUCUUUAUCAAUGUUGCAUCAUCAGAGUCUCCAGUUGGAACAGACUGAAUUACCUGAAAAACGGAGUGCUGAAGUCUGCCUUAAAAACUGCUAUGUUGCAUGACCCUAUCUCACCAGUGUUGUCUGCCCCUCAUAUGGAUGCUCUGGACCAACGACUCCUGAACAUCCUGGCUACAGUAAAGCAGUGCACAGACCAAUUUGGACCAGAUGUUGUGCUGGUGGAAGAUAGGAUGACACUUUCCCAUUUGUAGCUUCAACAGAAGUCUGUUGGAAUUAUUCAUUUUAAAAAAAAUGGAAAAAAACAGCACAAUUGGCUCUGCACGGCUGUGGGCAGGACGGACUGGAACGGAAACACCAGAUUUCCUGCAUUAGAGCUAGAGAACAGUGGUCAGAAGGCUCUGCUGAAGGAUAGACUUGCCUUCAUGCAACCUGUAUCAUUUUUUGGAUGUCCAUUGCUGGCAGUGGAUGUUCUAGUGAGAGCUUUCCUGGGAUUUGUUGAAAGAGACUGGAAUUGAGGCACUAGUACAAACUAGUUCUAGUUGUCUUGGCUAUUCCGAAUAUAAUCUUUAAAAGAUUUUUAGUCUGCUUCAGAGUUAUAAAAAAAAUUGACUAGCUAGGCAGCCAUGCUGACUUCCUAAAAACAGAGUAGCAGGACAGUAAAUAUAAUUGUUGACAAGAUUGCUUAGCAUCUCUCCUGACUCUUUCACUCCCUGAUGUCUUGACUGGAAUUUACUUGAGAGCCCCAUGAAAGAGUGUGUGUGACUGUUAGCAGUGUUCAGCUUUCUUCUUCAGUUCUAAGAUGCUGUGGGGAGAGACUGGGUUAUCAAGGAAAUCUAUAUUCCAUCUACAAGGACUCAGGACUUCAUGACACUGUAAAGACUCCACUUGUUGUAAAGAUUAUAAAUUCAUUUUAGAGAUUAUUGUGCAAACCAUUGCUGUGUUACCACACAUAAGGGUUCCUGCUACCUUUUUAAGUAAAUAGUAUUUGAUUUAUACCUAAUAAUCCUUUAAAACCCAGCACAUGCUCACAUCACAGAUGCAGAUUCAGUUCAGUCAAAUUACUCUUCUAAAAAGAUGUGGGUGGGUGGGAGAGUUGAGCUCCCUUUACACUGAUAGUCCUUCAUGAGACAAAUGGCGUGUUUUGUUGAAUUUUACAGGUACUUUAAGAUGGAUACCCCCAGUCUUAGAAAUUUAAAGUGUUUUGACUUACGCCUCAGUUCACCUGUAAGGUAUUCUUAAGUGUAGUGCAAGAAGGUUUACCUUUUGCAUUUCAUAGUAACAUGCCUCUCAUGGUAACAACUUCCAAAGAGGUAGCCAUAUUAGCAAGUAGUAGGAAAGGCAACAGGAAAUGUUGUGCUAUCUUAAAGUCUAACACAUUUAUUGUAGCACAAGUUUUUAUGGACUGCGGUUCAUGAAAGCUGAUGCUAGAAUAAAAUGCUAGUCUUUAAGGUGCCACAAGAUUCUUUGUCACUUCUGUAUCUUGUAAGGAUUGAGCUCUUUCAAGCAUUUGCAGUAGAGUAAACUGAUGUAUUAUUCCUCCUUUAAACACAAGAUAGAACUCCAGGCUUAUUAUCACAAGACCAGUGGAUCACAGCUUGGGUUUAUCUUCAGAAAAUGUUAGGGAAGUCUCUUGAAUAAUAGACUUGAAGAUUGUCCUCUGUCAAAUUGGAGAGAAGUCUCUAGGAAUAUCAACUCUGAAAUGUUGUGCUCCGGUGGAGUAUUCUGCCAGACUUGAUCAGAGACUCCAGUAGGUAUUCUGUGAUCAAUUAAUGUUCUUGUAAUUAAUGCUUCAAAUGUUUAAGAAGAGUCUAAAGGAAGGAGCCAUGUCAUUAAGCCUCUAACAGGAUUUUUACAUCAGUUGAACAAAAGAUGCAACUCCUUCCUUUGUAAAUGGAGCUGACUGGACAGUGACUUGGAGCACAUGGACAGGAGAAUGGAACAAGGAUUUUUGCUCUGCUUCAGUGAUUUUCCUCAUCCUGGAACAUUUUUAGGCUUGUGUUCUCCAGGCCAGUAACUGUCUUAAGAAUGUUGCCUAAACUGCAGCCUGACCUAAACAGUAAUGCCAAACCCUGUCUUUAGCAGGCAUUUACCUGAACCAAGAGAGCACUCCUGGAUGAGUUUUGUCAAGCUAGUUCAGUUAAACAUGUUGUUACAUAAGGAGAGAUCUGUUAAUGGUUGCUACCAUGAGGGUCACUGGCUACAAAUCUCUUUAUUGAAAUGUAGCAUGGAGGUAUGAUCAGAUCUAGUGCUAAAGCGGGAUUAUCUGAACACAACAAAAGCCUCCUGCCUGGCUAGUCUUGCAUCCAGCACUGGAAGUGAGGGGGAAGUCUUGCCACUUGGUUGAGAUUCUCAGGAUGUCCCCAUCUUUCCCCUUAUUCUUACACAGCUAGGCAGCUGCAUGCAGGUAUGAAACAAUUCAACCCAAGGUGUCUAAAAAGGUGAUUUCUGUGCUAUGAGUAAUGGACAUAGAAGUAGCUCUGAAGCACUAAAAUCAAGCAUUUGAAAGAGGUACUGCAGCCCUCUGUGUCUUUGCCUGAAAUGGCAAGCAGCCUGCAAGAAACAUGUGAGCUUCUAUUUUGGCAUCUGAUUAACUGGAAAUGUCUCUUUUCACACUUAAUUAAAAAGAAACUAAUUUAUUAAGAAGGUAACUUAUUUGUGUGGCAGCUGAAGCGGAAUGCUUGAGACUUACACUUCUUGGAUCUGUCAGAGGGGUCACCCUUGGAGUGGCUGCAAAAUGGAAGCCGUUUGAAGAAGAGAAAAUACAAUGUAAUCUCAGCUGUAUUUUGUGUUUCCCCCCGGGGGUCUGACUCUUCAUAAAUAAGCAUUAUGUGAAUAAAAAUUUUAAUAAAACAA